GUGCCCACAACUCCUAGUAAUGACUUUCUCAGGCAUUGUUGACACAAAUUUUGCUCUGAGUAAAACUUGGGAAUAGAGAGAGACUCUGAGUGAGAGAGAGAUUCUGAGUGAGAGACGGAGAUGGAGGCAGACGAAAGCGGCAUCUCUCUGCCGUCGGGACCCGACGGACGUAAGCGGCGAGUCAGUUACUUCUACGAGCCGACGAUCGGAGACUACUACUACGGUCAAGGCCACCCGAUGAAGCCUCACCGGAUCCGUAUGGCUCAUAGCCUAAUCAUUCACUAUCACCUCCACCGUCGCUUAGAAAUCAGUCGCCCUAGCCUCGCUGACGCCUCCGAUAUCGGCCGAUUCCAUUCGCCGGAGUAUGUUGACUUCCUCGCUUCCGUUUCGCCGGAAUCUAUGGGCGAUCCUUCCGCUGCACGAAACCUAAGGCGAUUCAAUGUCGGUGAGGAUUGUCCUGUCUUCGACGGACUUUUUGAUUUUUGCCGUGCUUCCGCCGGAGGUUCUAUUGGUGCUGCCGUCAAAUUAAACAGACAGGACGCUGAUAUCGCUAUCAAUUGGGGCGGUGGGCUUCACCAUGCUAAGAAAAGCGAGGCUUCUGGGUUUUGCUAUGUAAACGACAUCGUGCUAGGGAUUCUGGAGUUGCUCAAGAUGUUUAAGCGGGUUCUCUACAUAGAUAUUGAUGUCCACCAUGGAGAUGGAGUGGAAGAAGCGUUUUACACCACUGAUAGAGUUAUGACUGUUUCUUUCCACAAAUUUGGGGACUUUUUCCCAGGAACUGGUCACAUAAGAGAUGUUGGCGCUGAAAAAGGGAAAUACUAUGCUCUAAAUGUUCCACUAAACGAUGGUAUGGACGAUGAAAGUUUCCGCAGCUUGUUUAGACCUCUUAUCCAGAAGGUUAUGGAAGUGUAUCAGCCAGAGGCAGUUGUUCUUCAGUGUGGUGCUGACUCCUUAAGUGGUGAUCGGUUGGGUUGCUUCAACUUAUCAGUCAAGGGUCACGCUGAUUGCCUUCGGUUCUUAAGAUCUUACAACGUUCCUCUCAUGGUGUUGGGUGGUGGAGGGUAUACUAUUCGAAAUGUUGCCCGUUGCUGGUGUUAUGAGACUGCAGUUGCUGUUGGAGUAGAGCCGGACAACAAACUCCCUUACAAUGAGUAUUUUGAGUAUUUCGGCCCAGAUUAUACGCUUCAUGUCGACCCAAGUCCUAUGGAGAAUUUAAACACGCCCAAAGAUAUGGAGAGGAUAAGGAACACGUUGCUGGAACAACUUUCGGGACUAAUACACGCACCUAGCGUCCAGUUUCAGCACACACCACCAGUCAAUCGAGUUUUGGACGAGCCGGAAGAUGACAUGGAGACAAGACCAAAACCUCGCAUCUGGAGUGGAACUGCGACUUAUGAAUCAGACAGUGACGAUGAUGAUAAACCUCUUCAUGGUUACUCAUGUCGUGGUGGCGCAACUACGGACAGGGACUCUACCGGUGAAGAUGAAAUGGAUGACGAUAACCCAGAGCCAGACGUGAAUCCUCCAUCGUCUUAAACCAGCUUGAUGGUUUGGUGUCUCUUUUGCCAUAUGAUAAUGUCGGCAGAUUUAAGAAACAAGUUAGGGGAAUGAAUGAUUCUUUGAUGUUUUUUCAGCAACCUUUUGAGUUCUGUGAAAACGCUGCAUUGAUUAGAACAGUGACAACUGACUAGUAUUUUGGCCCAAGUUAGAAAAUCAGAAUAUGUGAAAAAUGCAAAGAAACUUUUUAAAAAAAAUAUGGGCUUUUACUUCUUCUUUUUUUUUUACUUUCUCCGAAGUUGUUGUUACCAAACCGAAGAAAACCGAUUGCAAUAGACCCUAAAAUUAAACCAUUGAAGCUGUUACU